AGAGAGAGAGAGAAGGAGAGAGCGAGAGAGAAGGAGAGAGAGACAGCAGCAGCCUCAGAGGGCGAGCAAGUUUGAACAUGAGAGUGGAGAGAGAGAGACCAGUCACAGAAAGAGAUAGCAAGAGAGGCAAGGCAAGCAGUAUCAAAGCUGGAUGUUCAAAUUUGCAUCGCUGGUGCCCGUUCAGCUAAAGACACGAUUCUUUACUCAUCUAGAGAGGACAACUAGAGAGGCACAUACUGGCCGUCAGAAACAAGUGACUCCUCCAGUCAGAGGCUCCUCCCACUCCUCCAAUCACAGGUAUGCUGCGCUUUGCCCCCCUGCAGGGCAUUCCCACCUUCCUGGGGGACACGCAGGAAGUGAUUUAAGUCGACUGGCCUGUUGCAGGGAUUUUCAGGACAGUGAGCGACUGGUUUCAAGGGGAUCCGGUUUGGAUGUACCCCUGCCUGGAUGUACCUGCAGAUAUUAGGCGUUUUACAACGACAGAAUGGCAAUUGCGUUCCUCUCUAAAACCAAGAGCUACUUUGUAAUUGAUAGAUUGAUAGAGUGAAUAAAGUAUUUCAUGGAUUUGUUGUUGACGUUUCCACUGCAUGCAGCGAGCUCCUCUUCCCCAGCAUAUCCCUGCGUAACCCUCACGGCUGUAUAUAUAUAAGUACUUUGUUUCCAUAGUAACCAUCACUUAGUGAGACUGUAAGAGUUGCCGGAGUUCAGACUGGGCAGACAGCCGUCUCCGGCAGAGAAAAGACCAGAUGUGCCUUCAGCGGCACAGUCACAUCAAAGCGGCAAAUUUGGUGCAUUGAAGAAAUUGGUGGGACUCCUCUGUGCCGAGACCCGCAUUUGUGCGCCUGGGUAAUCCCUUGCCGAUGCGCUCCUGCUAGGUGAGUGAGGCGGUAGCCUGCGGUCAGGGAGCAGCCCCUGAGGGAGAGUAAGGAGGUAAGCGAAAAGGAGCUGCCGCCUUGCACGGCGCUCAGCGCAGCCACUGGCUCCGCCCAUUUAUUAUUUUUUACCUCUGCCAUCCCUGAGGAAUAGCGCAGCGAUACGAAAGGUUAGCGUAACACUGAGGAGGACUGUAGGCUUUAUUAUCUUGUCUCUCUGCCAGCCUCAUUCAGAUCUCGGUUUUUUUUUUUUGAGGUUGAGCACCUGCGUGUUUGGCGCUGUUGGGGAACGGAGGCGUAUCCUGGCGUGUGAGCGACACGUUGGCAUCGUUCGUGAAGGUUAGCUGGCGACAGGGAGCCACGGGGUGCCACAGUGCCACUCAGCGGGGGGUUAGGAGCCGAUUGGACAGGAGCGCCUUGGCCCCGUCGCGUGAUGCUGAGCCACGGAGCAGUGCCCCCGCCGAGCCUCUCCUUCUCCCAGGAGGCUCAUGUGACAUAGUCGCGGCACAACCUGGGGGAGUGCUCACGUCUGCCGGCACACACUGAUGAAUUCCAUUCCCGACCGCGCCAAAGAGUGCCUCCCUCCCAAGAAGAGGGAGUCCAGACAGAGCUUAUGCGAGCAGCGCCCUCCGGACGAAUUUAAGUCUCCCGCACCCCUCAGGAGCCGGCCCGUGGGGGCCAGGCAGACAGAGCCCCAGGGGUAUCCGAAAGGGCCCCUCCCCAGCCCUCAUUAUGGCAAAGGGCUCCUCCAUGUCCCGCCCCCGGCCCCGCCCCCAGACAAGUUUGCCAUACCGUGGCCCCUGCCCAGCCCCACGCCUCUGCCCUUCCACUUCUUCCCCAACCAGACGGGUGAGCGGUGCGGCCCCAAGCUGCACUCGUGGCAAGAGCAGUGCUCCCCGGGCACGGAGGCCCUUGACGGCAGCCUGCACCACUCCCGGUGGCCACGCAGUGAGCCGGCACUGUCCCUGCAUCACCCGGUCAUCUCCGCCCCCUACAAGAGCCACCCUCCCCUGGACUCCAGGGACAUGUGGCCCUACUGCAACGUAGACAAGUUCAAGCAGCACUACUCCCGACACUUACCGUACGCAGACCCCCACCUGGACGGGAGGCGGGCCUUCAUGGUGAGGAAGCACAACGGCCUGGACGCCGCGGGCGGCAGGAGUGCGCCGGCUCUGAGACUACCGGCCGCGGGCAACUAUCUCUACGAUGGCAAGAUCAAGCAGGACGACUCUCACACCAACGGGAAGAGGAGGUACCCAGAGGAGCACAGGCCCUUCAGCCGGCCCGUGACUAAGGAUGGUCGGGCGGCCGACAUGCCUGGUGGACGCUGCUCACCGCAGAACAAGGACUCUUGCGUGACGCCAAAGACGUCUGCUAACACCUUGGAUAAAAGCGCCUUCCCUGGUCUACCUCUGAGGGCCCCCUCUCGGGAAAGCUUUGACCUAACAGGCCCCCCCGGUGCGGCCCAGAUUUACUAUGCCCUGGGACCCAUGCAGACCAGCCUGAUGCCGUCCCCACUAGCCCCUGCCCUGCAGAGUCCCCUGGCCCAGGCCUCCCCCGUCCCAUUCUACGGCCACCCCCCCGGGGAGCCCCACAGCCUGAGGGGCUCACGGCUCUCACCGCUUGUGGAGAACCAGUCGCUGGAAGGGUUCCCUUCAGCUCAGUUCAACAACCACAGGUCUGAUCGAGGGCAGCCCCAGCCAGGGCCGCCGUGCCCGCGCUCGUCGUCUGGGGGGCACCGGUCACACGCCGAUCCAGCCGCUCUGCAGCGCACUCCAUCGCCCGGGUCCUCCCCGGCGCCUCAGCCGGUGGCGUUCCUACCUCACUUCACCAAGGGGUCGCUGAUCGAGCUCAGCGGCGGGCGGCUGCGGCCCGUGGAACAGCUGCAGACCGAGGACUUCAUGCUCUGCGCCAGCAGCAGCCCGGACUUGCACCUGUGCUUCUGCACCGUCCUACUCAUCGCCCCCUGCAGCACAAACCCAGGCUUCUACAACCUACAGCUCCUGCUGGCUGACCGCAACACUCAGGAGUUACUCAGAGUCUUAGCCGAAUACCCCUUCUUCGUCCGGGACCGAGGCUGGUCUUCCUGCAGCCCUCAGAGAACUGCGCAGCUGUACGGCCUCACGUGCCGCCAGCUCAGCGUAGACGACGUCUGCCUGGCCCUCACGCCAGUCCCAUCAGCCCCAGCAUCUGCCUCAGCGUCGCGUGCCAGCGUCCCUGCACUGGAGCUGGCAGUCACGACCCGGUGUACGAACGCCAAGGAAGGAGCCAAGUCCGGCCAGCAGAGACCUGCGACGACGCCCCCCCCUCUGCCGGCUCCGGAACUCUCUCGCGACCUCGCCCAGCCUCCCAGGCAAGCGGAGCCGGCUCGAAAGCGGCACUGCUCAGCCCCCGAGCUCCUGCCGGGAUACGCCCCCCGGUAUCUCCCUGCCGUGUCUAAACGUGGAGGGCAGCAGUAGCCGGUAACCGCUUCCUGCCACCCCCCCUGCCCCCCACCCCCCCCCAUCUGCUGUGGAACACGAUCGUCCGCUGAGCAGCUGGGAGGAGAGAGGAGAACAGCGAAUAUUCAGCGACAGCGCUCCUGCAGCUGGCGAGGUGGCAGGCAUGUGACCACAGAGCUUUCGCUGCUUCCUGGGAACGCCGAGAAAGCAGACAGUCCCUUCUACUUAUCACAUGUCACCUGGACAUAUCAGGGAUCAUCGAGGAAGGUCAUACGAAAAAAAAAUCUAAUGCACAAGUCAAGACAGACAAUCAGACUAUAUACUCAGUGUGUUUACUUUGUUUUUGUAACCGUUGUCUCUUGCCUAUUGAAAGUGUUUACUGCAGGAUUUAUAUAUUACAGGUAUUAUAUAAAUGCUAAUUGCUAAAGCUACAAGUCUUGCGACCUCUUUGAUAGUCACUUUCGUUUCUACGCUUCGAGGCAAACUAACAGGCUGUUGUUGGAGGCAGUUAUGGCGAAAGUAUCCCCCGCGCCGGGGGUCACGCUCCUCGGCUAAGCAUUACCCGCCAGUGUGUUUUGACCUUUUUUUUCCCAGUAGGGAAAAAAAAAACACUAACAGAAUUGCGUAAGAGACAAUCCCGGCCCACGCAGAGUCUGAGCAGGACAGGCUCUCUGGAGCAGCCCCCACACGUUCGCCGGUGUUAACACAGCAUGUGCAGAGUCUUGGUGCUAAUGAUGGAACACAAAGCUUUGUGAGCACUGACCCCCCCCCCCUCCACCCCUCCCCCGUGCUUUAUUUGUGUUUGUUUAUAUAUGUUUGAAUGCAGGGAUAACAAAGGAAAGUAUUAUGACUUCUCAUACGGGUAUCUCUUAAUGAUCAAACCACAUGCUCUGUUUAUUUUAUUUUUUUUUUGAUUGACUGAUUGAAAAGAUUAUUUUGUUGUUAUUUUUUGUAAAUGUAAUAGUCAUACAAUUGUAUAUUUUUAUGGUGGAUCUGUAAUACAAUGUUCCAUAGGUAUAAAGAAAGCUUUAUAAAAUAAAAAACAUAUAUAUUAAAGUAUGACGGUCUUUUCUUAUAUAUUUCAUAACGCGAUCAUUUUUGUCAUGCACGAUCACCAACGGACACAAUCUGAAUUGCUCAGAUAACCGCUGACUACAAAUGAACACACCGCACAACCUGAACAACUUGGCAGAUGCGAAAAAAGAUGUAGUUGCUAUAUCAGUGCUCAGCCACAAGAGGGCCACCGUAUUCUACUAAUGUAUGGUUCACAGUUAAAAUCACACACCUGCCAUAAACUCAAGCACGCAUCCAUCCAUCCAUUUUCUAUACUUGCUUGUCCUAUGGAGGGUCGAGAGGUAAGGAAUAAAUACAGUUUGAAAGAUACAGU